AUGACAGAACAAUUAAACAUUCUUAAUACUUUGAUUAACGAUGAAAAACGUCUCAUAACAUACAAAUGGAUUAGUCGCCACUUCGGUAUCCAUGUCAACCUGGCUAAGCAGCUGCUUUCUGAAUUCAAGUCAUUAUGCGAUAAUACUGGAAAAUGUGUCCAUAUUACAUAUUGUGUAUGUGGAAUACUGACGGACGAACAACGAAUUGUCACUUUAGUAUCACAGGAGGACCUUGAGAAUGUUAAAAUGAAAUUUGCGAAAUUGACCAGCGUUCAUGUUUAUAGCGUAGGAUAUAAUAAACCAAAGGAUUCAUUGGAACUUGCCGUGGUAGAUCAUGCAAUUCAAGAAGAAACGAGUGAGCCGAGAAAUUUUAACGUCAUAAGAAAUAGGAAUGCUAUCGUUGCGGAUGUUCCCCGACCUGCCAUAAUACCACCACGGAAGCCUGAGUUUUUGAUGAAGGUUAUGACGAAAGAACCGAACCCUACAGUUGAAAUUUCUAAUAACGUUCCAGCAAGUAAACCGAAUCCUACAGUUGAAAUCUCUAAUAACGUUCCAGCAAGUAAACCGAAUCCUACAGUUGAAAUUUCUAAUAACGUUCCAGCAAGUAAACCGAAUCCUACAGUUGAAAUUUCUAAUAACGUUCCAGUAAGUAAACCGAAUCCUACAGUUGAAAUUUCUAAUAACGUUCCAGCAAGUAAACCGCAGCCAAUGGAAAAGAAAUUAAUGAAGAAUAGGAAGACUGGUACGAAGGUGUACAAGGAUGCCCGAGGUUUUUUAGUAACCGAGGAUGUUGUGGAAUGGGAAGCAUGCUCUGAGGACAAGACAGUUGUACGAGACGUAACAUCUUCUAAAAUGAACAGAGCUUGUAAUUUAUCUGAGAACAACGCUAGUGGCCCGAAAUCUACCAAGAGAAAGCAUAACGGUAGUAUGGGACAGAAGACCUUGUUAAGCUUCUUUGGCAAGACAGGAUUAAAGGCAGGAGGUACUCCAGGUUUUCUUGGAAAAAUAUUAGUCUGGAUAUCGAAGAAUCCUUAUUGGGGAGGACACGAGUUUGCUUCUGCUGAUUUAAAGUUUUAUAAAGAAAUGUGUACCAUAUCAUUUCACGAAUGUGACGCAUAUACAGAUACCAAUCCUACAAACCCUGAAGCGCACAACUAUGCUGUAAAACAAGAGAUCUGCGAACAAUUAGUAUAUAGUGGGUACCAAAAUUUUUGGUAA